GGCGGGGCUGCCGCCGCCUGGGCUGUUCCAACGAUUGCGCACCGCCCCCGCCGCGCCCCGCGCCCGCCCUUGCUAGCAGGCACCUUCCGCCCCCUGCAUUGCUGAUGCUGCUGCUGCUGGCAGACAUGGACGUGGUGAAUCAGCUGGUGGCUGGGGGUCAGUUCCGGGUGGUCAAGGAGCCCCUUGGCUUCGUGAAGGUGCUGCAGUGGGUCUUUGCCAUCUUCGCCUUUGCCACAUGCGGCAGCUACGACGGGGAGCUCCGGCUGAGCGUGGAGUGUGCCAACAAGACUGAGAGUGACCUCAGCAUUGAGGUCGAAUUUGAGUACCCCUUCAGGCUGCACCAAGUGUACUUUGAUGCACCCAACUGCAGAGGGCGCACAACCAAGGUCUUUCUAGUGGGGGACUACUCCUCAUCAGCUGAAUUCUUUGUCACCGUGGCUGUGUUUGCCUUCCUCUAUUCCAUGGGGGCUCUGGCCACCUACAUCUUCCUGCAAAACAAGUACCGAGAAAACAACAAAGGACCCAUGCUGGACUUUCUGGCCACUGCAGUGUUCGCCUUCAUGUGGCUAGUUAGCUCCUCCGCCUGGGCCAAGGGUCUGUCUGAUGUGAAGAUGGCCACAGACCCAGAGAACAUUAUCAAAGAGAUGGCUGUCUGCCACCAGACCGGGAACACAUGCAAGGAGCUGAGGGACCCUGUGACCUCAGGGCUCAACACCUCUGUGGUGUUCGGCUUCCUGAACCUUGUGCUCUGGGUCGGCAAUCUAUGGUUCGUAUUCAAGGAGACAGGCUGGGCUGCUCCAUUCCUGCGCGCACCUCCUGGCGCCCCCGAAAAGCAACCAGCACCCGGGGACACCUACGGCGAUGCGGGCUAUGGGCAGGGCCCCGGCGGGUAUGGGCCCCAGGACUCCUACGGGCCCCAGGGCGGCUACCAGCCCGACUACGGGCAGCCAGCCGGUGGCGGUGGCGGUGGCUAUGGACCCCAGGGCGACUAUGGGCAGCAAGGCUACGGCCCACAGGGUGCGCCCACCUCCUUCUCCAAUCAGAUGUAAUCUGGUCAGUGCAGCCCCGAAGAAUCCCUGGGUGGGCAAGAGCUCAGAAGAAGGCCUGCCCCCCUUCCUGCCCCUGUACCCUAGGUCUCCACCCCUUAAGCCAGGAGACCCUGUCUUUGCUGUUUAUAUAUAUAUAUAUAUAAUAUAUAUUUAUUAUAUAUAUAAAUAUCUAUUUAUCUGUCUGAGCCCUGCCCUCACCCACUUCCCUCAUGCAUUUGAGGCCCAGUCUUCAGUGGAUUCCUUCCUUACCCCCAUCUCUUCCUCUGCAUCCCUCAGCCCCUCUCUGUUCCUGGCCCUGUCCCCUGAGGUUAAAGGGCUCUGGAAGGGGGACAAGGAGGGAACAGGCCUCAGCUAUUUGGGGAGGGUGAACGUGAUUUCUGACUCUCCUCUUUCCCCUCCUGCCUCCUAACUCUGGCCUUGGUUCCUCCAGCAAGGCCUGAACAGAGGCUGUAAUGGGAAAGUGAACCCCUGGGGUGGGAGAAAGGAGAGACUGGAAUGGGAUCUGGGGUAGAAAGGACAACUUCACACCCACAGUGGUCUGGGUGGAGAGCUGUGGCAUGAAGGGGACUGGUCUGUAGGGCUAGGUUCCAGACUUGCUGGAUCUGGAGUUUAGAGGGUGAGACAUGGCUCUAGAAGGGGGUGCUUUCAGUGAUGGGAACAGGUAGGCUCCAGAGUGGGCAGGUCUUGGAUUGGAAUGGUAGCUUGGAACAUUCAGGAGUGAGCUUGAUUAUAAGGGGAAUAGAUUUUGAGUGGGGCAUGAAGUAGUGUUUAAGAAAGGGACAAGCUGGGGGUGAGGUCCUACUGAGGGUUCCAGACAGGGCAGCACAUAGAGUGGGGCUUGUCUGGUGGUUUUAGAAGGAGCAGCCCCUCCCUGGAAGGCACAAUAAGGAAAGUGCUUUAAAGUGAGAGGGUUUGGGCAGGGGGGUGGGGGGCUUAGAAGCUGCAGGAUAAAUUUAAUUAAGGGUAGGAGGGGAAUUGUGCCUGCCCAAGGCUGGGGACCUUAAUGGCCUGGGAAGAGCUGAGUGACAAGGUUUGGAGAGUGAGGGGUGGGAUCCAGACAAAAAUACCCACUCACACUUGCCCACACCCUUGGUCACACAGCUAGGUAAUCCGAGGACAGAGCCAAUGGGUCUGUGGGGCUGGCCUCCCCCUUUCCUUGCCCCUCUCUCCCUCCACACCUCCACCCAUCCUGGGGUGUUUGGAGGCCUGGUCUGGAGCCCCUAUCCUGCACCCUCUGCUGUGUCUGUGAUGUCGGUAGUGCCUGUGAUCGUGUGUUGCCAUUUUGUCUGGCUGUGGCCCCCUUCUCCUCCCCUCCAGACCCCCUCUUCCUGCACCCUUCGAUAUUGUUUGAAGACCCCCUCCCAAGGAAGAGCAAACAUGAGUAAUUCUCCCCAAAUAAACUCCUCAACCACCUAG